UGAAAAUCAAAUGCAAUGUUCCCAACCAACAUCUCAUGUUAGAAACCAUAUUCGAUGGACACAAGAAAGUGAGGAUGCCAGAGGAGAAAGUUGUGUGACCAGUGGCUGAUUUGCAGAAAGAGAAUCGAUCUCAUAGAUCUUCAUUGAGAGACAACCUUAAGUGGGGAAAUCCAAAAGAUUUACAGUAAGGCCAUAAAGUUCAGUGAAGAAGCGUUGAUAUCAACUUACCCUAUAGAAAUUUCUCUUGGGACAUGUCUAUGAAACAGAAGCGGGAGUAUGCGUUGCAUUUCUUGCCAAUAUGGGAUCUGAAUCUGAUCAACCGUGAAUUUCAAUGGAGAUUCAUAUCAUUUACCUGCAUGGUCUGUCAGCAUCCUACCUGACUGCAAAGGCUUCGGUCUGUUUCGGGAUUGUCUGUGUGCUUUCCCGUAGGUGUUCAUACUGGACCUUGUGAUACUUGUUAUGUGGCAGAUAAACUUCCCAGGUUGCAUGUGAAACAAAACUUGCAUCGUCAGUCUGAUGAAAAUAUUGAUAACUCUUGCGGGAGAUUUUCAGCCAGGAUGGAGUUGGUUCGUAGAACUUGUAGGUGUAUCAAAGACCCAAGCUAGAGAUAUAAUUACAGUCUUGAGAGGGAAUCAUGAUAGUCGGCGAAUUACUCAAGCAGCAAGGGCAGGACCAGCAAGAGCUUCAUCCCUUGAAUAAGCAGAGGAAUUAGCUCUGACAGAGGCAGUUAAAUGGGCAGUGGAAAGAUCAGUAAUAAACUUUUACAUAGAAGGAGAUACCAAGAUCAUAAUAUGCAAGGACAUCCAAGAAAUAUCAAAUGGCAAUGCUAAGGACCUCUGCAGCAAGCUUCUUCCAUGUUGGCAGGUUGUUCAUCUUUUUUGGGUUUUUAAUUUAUUAACAGAUUAGUUAACAAGGUGGCCGACACUCUGGCUAAGAAAGGUCGUUCAUACUUCAUACUCAGCCCACCAAACUUGGAACACUCCCAGCUUUCUUAAUCAGUAGUCUGGUAGUAGCCAAUCAAAUUUUACGUCAAUCCUUUUAGAUAUGAUAGUUGCAUUAGAUAGAUCUACUCUUUUGUAUAUAAGGAUCCAGUAUCAACAACUUCACAGGCUAGCUUCAGGGCAACAUUGUCGGUUAUCUGUUGGUAGGUAGACUAGGAGGAUAUGUUACUUCAUUGCAGGUUGUACUUGCAUUGGUUUUUGCUAGAUAAACCAUUGCAAUUGCUGCCUGAUUUGCUCCCCUGGUUACAUCAUUAAUAAUAAACCAACUGUUGCAAAAGUAACUGUUUGUUUUGAGCCGGAUUGUUGCUGGAUAAGAACUUCAAAUUCAGGAAAAAUGAUACUUUAAUUUUUCUUGGAGGCCAAAUUCUUUCAGGCAUUUUUUACCUAAAAGAAUACGAAAAUGAUGAUGUUCUUAUUCAUUCGGCACACCGGAGAGCGUAUUAUGGACGAAAAAGUGUAUGUUAUCAGGUCUGCUACACAUGAUGUUUUUUUCUCUUCUUAUGAAUAUAAAUCGAUUUUUUUAGUGAAAUGAAUGUAUAUAUAAUGCCGGCGUAGUAGGACUUUUUCAUUAGAAGAAGUCGGAUGAGGAAAAUGUCACGGAUUUUGCCGAUUGCGACAAUGAUAGGAACCUGACGCGUUUUGACUUGUGCACCCCGUUUUAAUCUGGGUGCAGUUCCAUGCCUCCGUAUUGGUUACAAAAAGCCAAUGGAUUUCAAAAAAAUUUAAACGACUGGGAAUAAGAAUGGGAGUAUUGUGCACCCUCUUUAAAGAAGGUGCACAAAGUCAGACCUGCUUUACGCGUUUUAUCGCGGAUCUGGCACUCAAAAAUAAGUUCGUCUAGAAUAUAUACCAGGAUUAUUCAUUGGUACAGUCAGGUUGGAGCUAGCUAAGCUUAACUUUAUGAUUUCUCACUGACUUCAUCUCCGAGAUGUCUGGAACCCUGAAUGAUAUCAUGGAGAACAUGAUAGAUAUAUUGGGAAUACAGCAGGAGAUGAAAAAACUGGAACAAGCACUGAAGAAUAUGAGAUCUAUUCUUGAAGAUGCAGAAGAAAAGCAAUUAGGAGAUGAAGAAAUCUCUGAUUUUCUUGGACGGCUCAAGGACUUAAAUUACGUUACUGAAGAUCUGCUUGACGAUUGGCUCAUAGAUAUAAAACGAAAAAAUAUGAGUAAGAUAUCUUCCUCUUCUUCGUCUUCUUCAAUUGUUCCGAGUUUAGUCAAUGCUUUCAAUUGCUGUGUUAGUUUUGAUAAAUUUAAAAAAAUCAGAAGUUUGAGGGCCAAAAUUGAGAAAAUGAAAAUUGAAAGUGUGAAAUAUGAUUUAAGUGGAUCAGUAAUUCCGAAAAUCUCUUAUGUUCCUAGUUAUGAUUAUGGUGAUGAUGAUAAGGUUAUUUAUGGACGGAAAUUAGAUAGAGAAAUUAUUAUACAGAAAUUAUUCGAAAAUGAUGGUAAGGAUAAACCACAAGGUGUUAAAGUUGCCAGUAUUGUUGGAAUUGGCGGAAUUGGCAAGACGACCCUUGGUCGGUCUGUGUUCAAUGAUGACAAGGUUACAUCACAUUUUGAUACUAGAGUUUACUGUGUUGUCCCUCAAACUGCAUCUUAUCUUGAAACGACUGUGCGGAGAGUUUUGAAAGGCCUAUCUUCGUCUCCUAGUGAUGAUUGUAUUUCUGUUGGUGAUUCGAAUGGUGCUGAUGUCGAUAGUCUUUUGAGUCUCUUGAAGAAUCGUGUAAAACAAAAGAAAUUCUUACUAGUUCUGGAUGAUGUCUGGGAUGAGAACGUCAACAAGUGGAAAAGUUUGAAGAAUUCACUUAAUAGUGGGGUUCCAGGAAGCAGUAUACUUAUCCUCACCCGCAAUAAAAUGUGUGCGUAUUUAAUGAGCACAACUACUCUUCAUGAGCUAAAGCCUUUAUCCGAAGAAGCUGCUUGGGAAUUAUUUCGUCGAAAUGCUUUAGUGAAACAAGACAAUGGUGGUGAUGCGUUGAAACCUUUUGAAGACAUUGGAAGGAUAGUCUCACAGCGUUCCGACGGCGUCCCUCUUGCACUGAAGUUUCUUGGAGGUCUGCUGCGCACGAAAACCACCACACAGGAAUGGGAAGACGUUAUGGAAAGUGAUACAUGGGAGCUACUUGAGAUGGAACCAAUCCUGCCAGCUCUUUACUUCAGCUACUACAGCUUGCCUCCCGUUCUCAAACUCUGCCUCGCUUAUACUGCCAUCUUCCCAAAAGAUUACGAGAUCGACAAGGGGACGCUGAUAAAGUUAUGGAUGGCGGAAGGUUUCCUCGGCUCAUCCGCAACAAAAGAUAUGGACCCAGAAUUAAUAGGGGCAGAGUUCUUUCGGGAACUAAUAAUGCGCUCGUACUUCAAUCCUCACCAAACAAACGAAGACGGCGAAGUAACUUCCAUCAAGAUGCAUGAUCUUGUUCACGACUUGGCCGCCUCUAUCAGUGGGAACUCUGUUGUGGAAGUCGACAACAACACAACUUCCAAAGAAAACAAGGCUCGCCAUCUAUCAGGACUACACAGCGAUUUGCAUUCUGUCGCCAGCUCUGUACGGAAGGAAAAUCAUGUCUCCACUCUAAAACUCUUCGAAUGCAGAGUGAUUUCCGAAACAGUCUCCCCGAGUCUCUUUUCACACUUGAAAUUUCUGAGGGUAUUGGAUCUGAGUCAUCUUGACCUUGCAGAAAUACCUAAAGAGUUAGGGAAGUUGAAGCAUCUGAGGUACCUAGACUUGUCUCACACAAAACUGCAAUCUCUCCCUGAAGGAUUAUGCGGCCUACAGAAUUUGCAGACCUUGACACUAAAUGAGUGCGAAGACCUGUUGAAACUGCCAGAAAGUUUAGGAAGUUUAAGUGGGUUGAGACAUCUUGAAAUUCAAAGUACUCCUAAACUGCUCUACUUACCACUAGGAAUUGGCAAGUUAACGUCCCUUAGGACGUUAUCCAAAUUUCCUUUGAGUACCGCGAAACUAGGAGCCAGGAUUGGAGAGCUCAAAGACCUCAACAAAUUGCAAGGCUACAUCAACAUAAUAGGCUUGCAUAUAGGGAAGAACUUGAAGGAGGCUAAUGACGCAAGACUGAUGAACAAGGAAAAUCUCCACGAACUGCGGUUAGAUUUUUCACCUUAUAAGAUGGAAAAUCUUGGAGAAGAUGAGUUCAGAAAGACGGAAACUCUGCUUGAAGACCUUCACCCACAUCCAAACAUAAAGAAAAUGAUGCUAACUAACUUUCUCGGUUCGAAGCUCCCAAGGUGGUUGGAGAACGAUUCUUCGUUGCCUAAUCUUCGCAGUUUGAAGAUACAAGAUUGCAGGAACUGUACAAAGUUGCCUGCGCUCGGCAACCUACCAUCCCUGGAAGAACUAAAUAUUGGAAAUCUGGAUAGUAUCAAAGAUAUUGGGAAUGAGUUCUAUGGAAUUGGCAGUAGUUGCAAAUAUGGGAAGGAGAUAGCAUUUCCAAAGCUGGAAGAACUUCAUCUGGUUGAUAUGGCUAAAUUGGAGCACUGGGAUUUCAUUGCUGGAGAUAAGAAAAUUAUGCCUUGUAUUCGAGACUUGCAUAUCCGAAACUGCCCCAAAUUAGUUGAACUGCCGCACUUCUUCUCGGAUAAUUCGAAGAAUGUGUACGUAAGUGAUUGUCCAAAACUGACUUCCUGCGCUCAAAGAAAUCUAAUUACAAAGGUUGAAAAUUGUGCUUCCAAAGGAUUCUCGGUAACAAGCUGAAGUCUUUCAGCAUCAAUACCAACCCAACUAAUUCAGAGUUCAAAAACAGGUAAGGUGCAACUCAUUUCUAUCCUCCCAGUACUGAAUAUUUUGAACUUCUGAAAUUGUUUGAUCAGACUGAACCGAAAGGUGAUGGGUGGUUUAAAGAUCUUGCAAGCGCGUUAUGCUGUGCAAGUCUGGCUAGAUGAUGACCAGAUUGGUUUUCUUGUGUAGUUUGUAUAAAUUUAUAUAAUUGGAACUUCAGGUCCUUAAUCUUGCAUUCUGUAAGCCAAAAAAUUAUGUCUUCCAACUGUCGUUUAAUUUCAGCUUGUUAAGAAAACGUAAUGUAAUAAUGUCUUCCAAACUCGUGUGUAAUUCCGGCUUGUUCAAAAAACUCAUGUAAUAUGUCUCUCGCACUUGUGUUUCAUUCCAAUUUGUUUAAAAAACUCAUGUUUGGUGUUCA